GGAUCAUGUCAGCCACAGGAAAUGGCUAUGUUAUAUACAUGACCAUCAAACGCAAGACAAAGCUAAGGCCGCCUGAGCUCAUGACAGUCAACUUAGCCAUCUUUGACUUUGGCAUAUCAGGUAAACCAUUCCACAGUCUCUUCAUACAGUAUGUCAAUUUACAGUGUGUCUCUGUACAUAACAUUGUAAGGUGGAUUAGUCUUGUGUAUUCUGUGUAUUUAAAUUCAGAACAGCAUGUAUAUGAACAAUGGUAGUGCUGCAUUAACAUUCUCUCCUGUACAUCCUGACACAUGGGAAUGGUUGGAAGAAGAUGAAGUGGUGGAAUAUGAGAGAGAGAGAGAGAGAGAGAGAGAGAGAGAGAGAUAGAGAGAAGAAAGCUAGAAGAGAGAGAAUAGAAGAGAUAGCGAAGAUAGCUAGAGCUCUGAGACUCCGCCGCUCUCUCUUAGAUCUCUUCUCUCUCUCUCUCGCUCUCUCUCUCUUCUCUCUCUCCUUAGAAGAUAUUCUCGCUCGCUCGAGAGAGAGAGCUCUCUCUCGAUCCACAGAGUUGCUUUUAAAGUCAUGUCAUAACUUUUUAGGCAUGUUUGGUAACUCAACCCUGAAAUAUGCUAAAUUGUGGCCUAACCUGGAAUUGGUCCUUUAUCGUCACCGUUUGGACAUUAGAGGAACAGCAUCAUGUUAAAAAAACACACCUCUAAUAUUACUCUACCUGGCCUAUUGAUCACAAUAUAUCGAUAGACUAGGCCUUUGAUAUACAAGAGAUGUAGUUCCACUGUAAGCAGUCAUCUUAUUUAAAAAAUGUAGUUUUAAAAAUCCCCUUUCUCUGGGAAUAUUCUAGUUUCUCAAAGAGUCCCUGUGACCCAGCCAGAAGCAGAAUUCACAACAGUGUGUCUCAGUCUCAGAACAAUCUCUGGCCAGCUCUCUCUGUGUCUCAUACAACCACGGGAUGCUCACUUGUUUAUCUGUUUAUUUCUUGGUCUCUGGGCCAACUAUGUCCCUCUGUAUGAGACGCCUGUAUAGCUUUCUAGGACUAGAGCCAUCAUCCACAGCAGACAACAAGCAUAAUCUAUUUGUGUCUGCCAGCUUUGCCUGCAUCUUGGGAAUAUCACUCAGAUGUUGGAGGUCCAAAUGAAAAUAGGGUCAGAAUGUUUGGUACCCAUUUUACCGUGAUACUGUAGGAGUCAUAAAGUGAGAGUAUUUUGUUAACUAUGAGGGUUGGUGGAGAGUGCAGUGUGUGUACGUCGACAUGUAUGUAGAGACAGCUCUCUAAACCUCUGUGGCGUCAGACUGGUGAGGAUGCCAUUUUCUCCUCACACGAUAGAAACACUAUUUAUGAUCACCUCUUCUGUCACAUGCUUUGCCUCAGGAUUGUAACUUUACUGCAUCUGUUAUCAUUGUGGGUUUUGAAGAAACAGCACUUCUGUUAUGUGAAGUGGAUGAAGAUGAUGGUUUUCCUUGGAAGGCCUACAUUACUACGUUACUGUACAUGUAUACUAUAUGUUCUCAUGUCUUUACAGUACACACUGAUCAUUUGAAGUGGUUAACAACUGUGUGUGUUUGGUCUUGAAGUCACAGGGAAGCCGUUCUUUGUGGCGUCCAGUUUCUCCCACCGCUGGCUGUUUGGCUGGGAGGGCUGUCGUUUCUAUGGCUGGGCUGGCUUCUUCUUCGGUGUUGGCAGCCUCAUCACCAUGACCGUAGUCAGCCUAGACAGAUACCUCAAGAUCUGCCAUCUCAGAUACGGUACAGUGGGCUAUGUUCUCAGUUUGUGUUUGGUUUACAGCAGGGGUGUAAAACUAAAUUUUGCAAAGGGGGCCGCAUUCGGUCUUCAAUGGGGUCCAUAGGGCUGCACUGAAAAUGUGUUAUAUUUCCUCGCCUAGCAAAGAAUUAGCAACGAUUAGUCCUCUAACAAAUACAAUAAAAUACUAGCAGUGAAAUGCUUACUUACGGGCCCUUCCCAACAAUGCAGAGAGAAAGAAAAUAGAGAAAUAAUAGAAAAGUAAAACAUACAUUUAUAAUAAUACAAGUAAUAAUAAAUACACAAUGAGUAACGAGUGGCGCAGUGGUCCCUCUGCAACUGGAUCCUGGAUGGAUUAUCUUGGCAAAGGAGAAAUGCUCACUAACAGGGAUGUAAACAAAUUUGCGCACAACAUUUGAGAGAAAUACGCUUUUUGUGUGAAUGGAACAUUUUGGGGACCUUUUAUUUCAGCUCAUAGAACAUGGGACCAACGCUUUACAUGUUGUGUUUAUAUUUUUGUUCAGUAUAUUUAGCAGUCUUAUGGCAUGGGGGUAGAAGUUGUUCAGGGACCUGUUGGUUCCAGACAUCGGUAUCGCUUUCCAUGCGGUAGCAGAGGGAACAGUCUGUGAUUUGGGUGUCUGGAGUCUGACUAUUUUUAGGGCCUUCCUCUGACACCACCUGGUAUAGAGGUCCUGGAUGGCAGAGAGCUCGGCCACAGUGAUGUAGUGGGCCAUCCGCACUACCCUCUGUAGUGCCUUGCAGUUGGAUACUAAGCAGUUGCCAUACCAAGCGGUGAUGUAGCCAGUCAAGAUGCUCUCAAUGGUGCAGCUGUAUAACUUUUUGAGGAUCUGAGGGCCCAUGACAAAUCUUUUCAGCAUCCUGAGGGGGAAGAGGCGUUGUUGUGCCCUCUUCAUGAAUGUGUUGGUGUGUUUGGACCAUGAUAGAUCCUUAGUGAUGUGGACACCGAGGAACUUGAAGCUCUCGACCCGCUCCACUACAGCCUCGUCAAUGUGAAUGGGGGCGUGCUCGGCUCUCCGUUUCCUAUAGUCCAUGAUCAGCUCCUUUGUCUUGCUGAUGUUGAGGGAGAGGUUGUUGUCCUGGCACUACACUGCCAGGUCUCAGACCUCCUCCCUAUAGGCUGUCUCAUCAUUGUUGGUGAUCAGGCUAACUUAAGGAUGGUGUUGGAGUUGUGCGCGACCACGCAGUCGUGGGUGAACAGGGAAUACAGGAAGGCGACUAAGCAUGCACCCUUGAAGGGCCCCCGUGUUAACGGUCAGCGUGGUGAGUGUGUUGUUGCCUACCCUCACCACCUGGGGCCGUGCCGUCAGGAAGUCCAGGAUCCAGUUGCAGAGGGAGGUGUUCAGUCCCAAGGUCCUUAGCUUAGUGUUAGCUUGGAGGGCACUAUGGUAUUGAACACUGAGCUGUAGUCAAUUAACAGCAUUCUCACAUAGUGGGAAAGGGCAGUGUGGAGUGCAAUAGAUAUUGUGUAAUCUGUGGAUCUGUUUGGGUGGUAUAUCUAAAAGUCUUUUAGAAUUUUAGAUGCUCCCUGACUGUCUAGCUUUCAUUUCGGUGAUUAUUUAGUGAGCUAGACACAGUCAUUUCUACACAGUUUCGGUUUGGUUUUAGUCAUUUUAAAGUAUAUAUAUUUGUUUACAAGUUGUAUUUGUUUUACUCAAACCACCCGCGGGCCGGAUUGGACCCGGGCCAUAUGUUUGACACCCCUGGUUUACAGUAACACAAGACCUUUAUAAGAAUGAAUAAUUAACACUUUGUCAUGAAUAAGUUCAUUGAAAUUAUGAUCUGUGAUAUCUGGACACUUUAUUAUAAUAAUGAAACAAAGAAUGAUUGAUCAUUGUGCCCAUAAUUGUGCCCACAGGGACAUGGCUAAAGAGGCAACAUGCUUUCCUGAGUAUGGUGUUUGUGUGGCUGUACGCAGGCUUCUGGGCCACCAUGCCCAUUGUGGGCUGGGGCAGCUACGCUCCCGAGCCCUUUGGCACUUCCUGCACUCUGGACUGGUGGCUGGCCCAGGCCUCUGUGGCGGGCCAGAGCUUCGUCAUUGCCAUCCUUUUCUUCUGCCUUAUCUUCCCCACCGGCAUCAUCGUCUUCUCCUACGUAAUGAUCAUCUUCAAGGUCAAGUCCUCAGCCAAAGAAAUCUCCCACUUUGACACCAGGAACAAGAACAGCCAUAAUAUGGAGAUUAAACUUACCAAGGUGCGUGUGUGUGUGUGUGUAUGUUAGAGCCCUGCACGGGCAUUCAUUUUAAGGCUGAGCCCUACCCAUGCCUGCAACGUUCAGGCUCUACCCUACCCAGGCCCGAAUGCUUCUGCCAAAUUUAAGGACCUGCCCGAAACCCAAAAUCAGAAAUAACUUCCUCCAUUAGUAAAUCCAUUAGCUGCUCCUCUCUGUCUGCCAUUCGCUCCCUGAGCGCUGCUCACUCUGCAUGCUCUCUGCUCAUGGUGGCUCUGAGUCUGUGAGUAUCCAUAGAAAUGGCUCUGCUUGGGCUGCUCAGUGAAGAGAAGAGACAUGUGAGAGCAGUUUGCUGUUAGCUACUUUUCGUCACUCUAAUCUCCGACAAAACUCAAGGAACAUUAUUAUUUUCUGUGAAAUAAUCUCUCCUGUCUUAUAUUUGACUAGGUUAAAGCACUUCUGACACCAUGUUAUGAUCUUAGUUAGAUAUGACUGUGUGUGUGUGGACGUGUGCGUGUUUGUGCACGGAACCUCACCUAAGAGAUACUUUAAUUAUUGUGACAGACCUGUGAUGUGGUUCUACUUGUGUCCUCCAGGUGGCGAUGCUGAUCUGUGCUGGUUUCUUGAUAGCAUGGAUCCCUUAUGCAGUGGUCUCAGUGGUGUCUGCGUUUGGCGAGCCCGACUCAGUGCCUAUCUCUGUCUCUGUGAUCCCCACUCUGCUUGCUAAGUCCUCUGCCAUGUACAACCCCAUCAUCUACCAGGUCAUCGACCUGAAACACUCCUGUGCAAAAUCCUCCUGUUUUCAAGUUCUGAAGAAGCGCACACAUUUAAAAAAGUCAAGGUAUGGAGUAGUAUUAAUUUCAUGGCUUUCUCUUCUACUUUCUAUUCCCCUGGAUCGACAGUUAAAACUGUAUAGACCUAGUUUAAUGUUUAUCUUGUUUAAUGGCUUGCAAGAUCAAGAGUUAAAACGAUGUAGUUAAAAAAAAUUCUCAAACAGCUUGCUAGAUCUAGAGUUAAAGGUAGACUCAGCUAAAUUACGUUGCCACGAGCAGCAUCGCAGAUAUUAAGAUGAACGAGAUGCAAGACUUUGCUCUCACACAGUUAUACAUAGUAUCUGCUCAUGUGUACAGGUUGGUAGUCAGGGCACCAAAACAGCUGAGAAGUUGAGCCUCGUGCUUCAACGCUCUUAGUUGUUGCGGAAAUUGACCCAUUAUGCUGUUUACUUUCUGCAUCUACGUCAUAUCGCUAUACCUUAAAAACUGCAUAGUUUUCUAUGCAACUUUUCUAACUUUUCUAACUCAUCAAACUUUUCUCUCAUUGUAUCUCCCACAGGUUUUACACAAUUUCUGGCUCGAUUAAAGUCAGUCCGUCCAUAAAUGAGUCUCACAUUGAAAUAUGAGAGAAAGACAGUGGUAAUCUCCUGUGAUAUGACUCCUGUCCCCUCACCUGUCCAAUUACAACCCUGCUAUCAACUGCUAAAAUAUUGACCACCGCUCAUCACCCAGACCUACUGUACGUAACUCAGUCUUGCUGUAUCUAUGUUCCUGCUCCAAACAGCUCUCUGUACUCUGGC